CGUUCUCAUAAUAUUCCCAGUUUGCGAAGCGUUCAGUUCACAAAAUUUUGGUCUUUUAUUUUUUGGAGUUGAAAAUUUGUAGCUAUCAAAAUUGAAAAUUCUAAAGUUCAGUCCGGAAUUUUAUUUUCAGACAUCAUCUAGUGCACGCAUCAAAAUUAUUAGUUCUGAAAAGGGAGUUCAAUCCAAGACGAAUCCAUUGCAAGAUGAAUACCACUUUUAAAGUGGCUCGAAUGAGCCUGAAUCACUCUUGGCGAUUGGUUAGUAAUAAAGCCAAGGGUGAAUUUUCCAGUUUGCGACGAUUACCUGCAGUUUCCGGCCAAAAGCGUCGCUACGCCGAUCGCUAUACCUUCGACGACCACACUCAGGCACAAAUACAGGGUAUCAAGAAGAUGAAAGAGAUGGCUGAUGUGCCCCAGGAGUCUCCGUGGCGGGACAGCGAAUGGACGCCCGAUUUUCCCGAGCGUCUGGAUGAGAUGGGCUACGAGUCCCACUGCAACGAUCGCCUGUAUAUAGCGAAGAACAAAUUCCGUCACAGCCAACAGAAAUACGAAUUGGAACGUGAGGAGCGGCGCAAGGAGGCCCAAAAAAGGAUCAGUAGUCACUUCAGCGGUAGUCACGGUCAGGCGGAACCGGACACGAUGCGCCGGCGCACCAUUUCACAGGAUCCGGUCGAUCACCAGAGGCGCCAGGAGGCGAUCAUCGAGCAGAAUCGCCGUAGGUGGCAAAAUCGCCCCGAGUCCAGGAGGGAAACUAAUAGCUCGGGCAUUACCUAUCGGCCGGAUACACGAAAGGAGCAGUAUGUUGAGGAGAAAUUGCAAAGGGAAUCGGAGGACUACCAGCGCAUGAGGCGCAAUCCGGAGAAAUCGGAGGAAGCGAAGGACAGCCAGACGGUCGUCUACGAUGCCAAUCGUCCCUCUGCCGAGUGGUUAAGGAAGCGACAGGAGGAGAAUGAGGCGGAGUACUGGCAUUCGUGGCAAACAUGCCCAUGUUCGCGCGAGUCAGAGACCACAGAAGAGGUGAAACCCCACCUGAAGCGCAAGAAGGUCGUGGCCAUUCCACCUGCCUAUCCAAGGGAUUAUCAACGUCGCGGCUACCAUCAGAUAUCGCCACCUGCGUACUCGCUGAAAGCCAAGACGGUAGUGCUGAUGCCAAAGCGACGACCCUCGGGCAUCGAUAAGCAGUACCACAAGUUUGCCAGGAAACAGGCGGCUCUGUGGCAACAGGACUUCCUCGAGCCCGAGGACAACGCGCAGCCAGGACUGCUGCCCAAAAAGGAGGAAAAGAAGAAGCCCAAGCGGAAAGAGGAGCGUCGGUCUGUGGAGCCUCCCCGUUUCCGUAUGGUCGUGAAAACCCGUGCUCCGGCUAACCGUCCAUCGACUCCCGUGUUUAGUUACUCCGGACAGGUGGAUAUUCCGCCCACCAUCGCCGGACCCACUGCCUACAUGGGAUCUCUUCGCAAGUCUGCGGGCGAAACCUGGCGAAAAUUCUCCAGUGCCAGCAGCUCAUAAAUGUAGCUCAUUUUAGAUGGCCGGAGACUGGAACAGCGUUGUGAAUUGCCUUUUUAUCCAGAGUUAAUUUUUUUGAAAAUGAAUACUUGCUGAGCUCCUGGCAGAGUUCUGGGAUAUUAUAGUAAAAUUUAAUAUAAUUGACGUUGAAUGAA